AUGCAUGCGAUUGCGCGACGCAAUGUGCGCGCAAGGAGCAUUAUAUCAAAAACGAGUCACCGCAUGCAUCUAGCGACCGUCUCCAAGGAUGCUAGGACCUUCGAUGUAAUUGUGAUAGGAGGCGGCCAUGCCGGUGCUGAAGCCUGCGCCGCGGCAGCGCGAGCCGGAGCUAGAACAGCGCUCGUUACUCCAAAGAUUGAAAAUCUCGGUACAUGCUCCUGCAACCCCAGUUUCGGAGGCAUUGGCAAGGGUACCAUGCUCCGCGAAAUCGAUGCACUUGACGGCCUUGCCGGGCGCAUAAUCGAUAAGGCUGGCGUCCAGUUCCAUGUGCUGAAUCGAAGUAAAGGACCGGCAGUCUGGGGCCCGCGUGCACAAAUAGACCGAAAGCUCUACCAGAAACACAUGCGCGAGGAACUUCAAUCCUAUCCGAAUCUUUCUAUAAUACUCGGUUCUGUAUCCGAUAUCGUGCUGUCGACAGAAGAGACCGCACCGAGUUUGCAUCAGUCCGCUAUUUCCGGCGUUCGACUCGACUCUGGCGAGUUCAUUUCCACGAAACGAGUUAUUAUAACAACGGGGACAUUUCUAGGCGGAGAGAUCCAUAUCGGCCUACAGACAUACGCGGCCGGCCGGCUGGGUGAAGCGGCGACGAUUGGGUUGAGAAAGUCUCUGCGAGAUGCUGGCUUCCUGCUGGGUCGCCUGAAGACUGGAACGCCCCCGCGAUUAGCCAGGUCGAGCAUCAACUUCAAUGUGUUGGAAAUGCAAUAUGGCGACUGCCCACCUAGCCCAUUCAGCUACUUGAACAGCAGGGUUGUGGUUCAAGAUCAGCUUACCUGCAGCAUGACCUAUACGAACCAUGCAACACAUGAUGUGAUACGGGACAACUUGGAUAAGACAGUUCAUAUCCGCGAAUCUGUCAAAGGCCCUAGAUUCUGCCCUUCGCUGGAAUCCAAAGUAGUCCGUUUUGCUGACAAGGAAAGGCAUAUUGUCUGGCUCGAGCCUGAAGGCUUUGAUGACCCUGUUAUCUAUCCGAAUGGUCUAUCUAUGACGAUCCCUCCUGAAGGACAAGAAAAAGCGCUGAGAACUAUUGUUGGCCUCGAAAAAGUCAAGAUGCUCCAGCCAGGCUAUGGCGUAGAGUACGACUAUAUCGAUCCCCGUGGGCUGAAGUCUACGUUGGAAACCAAGGCCAUCAGCGGGCUUUACCUCGCCGGUCAAAUCAAUGGCACCACUGGCUACGAAGAGGCAGCUGGACAAGGCAUUCUUGCGGGGAUGAAUGCCGCAAGAGCGGCACUAGGUCUUCACGGCGUAUCACUGUCGAGAUCCGAUGGGUACAUUGGCAUCAUGGUUGAUGACCUGAUCACCAAGGGAGUGACUGAGCCUUAUCGCAUGUUCACAUCUCGAAGUGAAUUCCGCAUGGCAACACGAGCUGAUAAUGCCGACUUGCGACUCACCGAAAAUGGCCGCAAAUGGGGCGUCGUUACGGACCGCCGCUGGGAGGUUUUCACGGAGGAGAGGGAUCAGAUCAACAGAUUGACAAGGAGCCUCGAGGCGGUCUCUCUCUCGGCAGGGAAGUGGAGAGAGCAUGGUUUUCAUACCAAGCGCGACUCUAGCCGACGCAGCGGCAUCGAUCUGGUCCGUCUCUCCAAUGCCAAGACACGCAUUGACCUGGAGCGUCUCGGCUCCCUUAUUCCUGAUAUCAUGGACUUUCCGCCCCGAAUUCGGGAGCGGGUUGUUCUGGAAGCAACGUAUGCCCCAUACAUCAGAAUGCACGAGGCUGCAAUUGGCAAAUUCAAGAAUGAUGAGGGAGUUCAACUGCCUUUGGAUCUCGACUACGACUCUGUUCCGGGCCUCGCACUUUCAGAGCGCGAAGUCCUCAAAAUCACACGCCCCGAAACUCUCGCCCAAGCUCGCCGGGUGGAAGGCGUUACGCCCUCGGGUAGUUUGCGAUUGCUUGCAUAUGUUCGGCGUCGCUUCGACCGAAAGUCGUCCUUUGCCGAAAAUAUUUAA